UGUUUUAUUUGCACUUCUCUGUUUUUAAAGCGCAUAUUUAGUGAAUAAAAAAAUUUAAACGAAAAAACGUAGACCUGUGCAAACAGGUAAAGGAUACAUGCUUUUGUGUGAAACUAGACGGGUUACAUUAUUCACAUAUCUUCGUUUAUCAACUUUAUUUCCUGCAGGACUGUUUCUUCAAAUGAGGGCGUGACAGAUUUAUUUUUCCUGCAGGACGAUAUAUUAUUGAAGAAUUCCUGAGAUGGCAAUAAAGCGUUGUCUUUUGACUUCAAAAUUCAGUUUACUUCAAGACAACCAUAUUAAGUUAUGUACGUCUGUAAUGCUUAAUACAUCCCAUGGCAGAGCUACAUGUGGCAUUCCCAAGCGUAAGGUGGUUUGUGGCAACAUGUUGCAGGCCAAGCGAGCGUCGUAUAUUUUAGAUAUCCAGGAUCUUGGCUGAUAACAAACACCUGGUCGGGGAUAACAAGGGCAGUGAUGUCAUCAGCAAACCUGGUUGGCAAUCAGUCUUGUCAGCCUGGACUCCAGGCGAUGUGCAGGGUGAAUCACGUGAGCAGUCCUAGCCAAGCUGUUCAGUGGCGGUCAGCAAUAAAACACUCGUCUGCUACAUCAUACCGACCGUAUUGAGGUUACGGGGAGAAUUUCCUGCCUGGGUUACAUGAGCUUGAAAACAUGAGCCUGAUGUACGUCAUUCUCUGCGGACAAUUUGAAUAGCAUAGUGUUCUUAGGCUAUAUAUGAACAGUGUCUGUGAUAUCGGAUGAGUAUGUUACAUUACUAAAUUUUAUGUCUCACUGCAUUAGAACCACAUUUCUUUUCCUUGUCUCCCUUGGUAUUUUGUUGUAAUCAUGUACAUUUUAUCUGAAUUUACAUACAGUUGUGGCCAACUCGUAAAGCCACAUCGUAACUGCUAUCUACUGGGUAGGCAAUAUGUUGUAUUUUAAACUUCAGAGUCAACGGGAAUGAAAUGUGAAGAAUGAUACUAUUUCAUAUGGACUUUUGGAUGACAUGGUUCAAUUCGGGAACCGAUAUUUUCAGUCGGAGAAGCAGUUCAUGGCUGAAAAUCGAUCACGGAAGAUAACUGUCCAGUACUUGAAGAUAGCUGUUUGAUGGAUUGGUUAAAGCAUGCAUACAGUAGAUUGUUUGUCUGUUUUUCGCUGUAAUGUUUGUUUUGAACUAAAUGAAAGGUAGAGACAAAUAAUAGAACGCUAGGCACCUUAAGAUAAGCUUUAGGUUUAUAGAGUCCAGGUGGACAUAAUAUGCUCUUCGGUUAAGAUAGCUGUUCAUACAUGUACCUGAUGUAUCUAGGACAACAUAUAAAAAGCUAUACUUAAAGCGUGAUGUAUGCCAUUUUAUAACAGAUAUAGGGCUGCGUAAGAGGCUGGAUAUACCUCGCGGGGUGAAGUUGCCAUCUUAUGUUUGCCAAAAACUGUCUGUCGGGGGUUAGUUUCUAUUUUAGCACGUCGGAAGAUUCAGUGCAGACUUUUUCUACUUUCUUUACCCCGAUCACGUAUGCAUGUCACAACAAUAUGAGGGGCAGCGGAUUUCGUGACUAGUCUUGCUGCUGGUUAAUCGCUGGCAUCUGGACAAGAAUGUUAUAUUAGCUCAGCCUAUAAUGAACUAGGUUUCUCUGCAAGAACUAGGUCGGUGAGCUCGAUUUGGCGCUUUAUCAAAUCUCGACGCGCUGCUAGUGACGUCAACUACCCAGCCAGAUGGUUUCCCGGGAGAUGUUUAGGGCUUGUGCCAUUUCUCCGCCGCCCAGAAAUGAUUGAUGCAGUAUUGAUUUUUGACCAAGGGCUGCCGACCAAAUACACGUCCGUGAUGUCAGCAUGGACAAGCUUUAUUCAUGACAUUAAUCUGGUUUUAUUGAUGUCGUCCGCGAUCCCUGCUAUCGCCUCACAUCCGCUCGAUUUCUUUCUGGGGCUAGCUUCUCGUCACGAUUCGAGCUUAGCACGAACACACGUAAACCUAGCCUGAUUCAAUCAGUCCAGUUUCAAACUGGAGAAAAAGCACGCAAUAUGUGGCCUGGGGUAAAUCUUCGCUGAGCCGUCACUAGGGGCCCUGUGCAGGACUCUCAUAUCAUCCACGUCAUUUCUUAAUUUCCUCCUCUUCCAUCGCACAUCUGUCUGUUUUCUCUUUUGUCACCAGUGUCUACCAUUUGCAUUCCUUUCGUUGAGUUUUGAUCAACAAAUAAAGCAUGCGGCUUAUGAGUGAUCAGGUAUUUGAGACACUAGACACGGCUGUGCUUUACUGUCCCAUUGGUAUUAUAACACAUGUCGUUGGAUCCCGGCAACGUUAACUGGAGAGAAUUUAACCGGUUGUUAAAGGGGCAGCCUGGCGUAUAGAAGAGGGACUUGGAUGGACGUGGGUGGGUGAGCUGUGCGUGUGCCCCGCUAUCAAGUAUAUGGACGGCAAUCAGCCCGGAUACUACUGCCAGUUCGACUCGAGGCAGUUGCGUGCAGACUUGUCCACGAGGCUGAUCGCACUGUUUUUCCGCUUCGCUUAGUCUAGAUCCCUGCGGGCAGUUUUUUGCUGUAAGGUUCCUGUUGUAAUUUUAGGUGAGCCAGAGCUCUACACAACCAACACGCGUCAGUGAGAGGGAAGGACGCCGAGCUGGUUUACAUUGGGAUACGCAUGCGCACCACCCAAAUCGGUGUCAAACUAUUUCAAUUGAUUGCCGGCUGAGAAAAGAGAAGUCGGUAGACAUCAGACACUGUGCGUGUGUUUACAAAGUCGCCUUGCUGUGAUCGGAAGGAAAAUGUACCUUGGUGCGCCUGGCUCGUCUCGUCGUCUGUGAACACGUAGGCCAACUUCAACAUGGCCAUGCCGCACCGAGCACAGCGCCAGCACUGCUAUCUGUGUGACUUGCCGCGCACACCAUGGGCAAUGUUACAUGAUUUCUCCGAGCCCGUAUGCCGCGGUUGUGUGAACUAUGAAGGGCCGGACCGGAUAGAAAUGGUGAUUGAGGCAGCUCGUCAAAUGAAGAGAGCUCACAGCUUCCAUGAAGCCCACGGCUCUCACAGCAGGCCGCCCAUGAAACACCAGCCUCAUUCUGUGCCCGGACCUGCAGGAACGAUGUCAGCCCGAACUACAGCUCACGACUCACAUUCAGGUCUGGAUUCACGGCCGCACCCACCCCCCGGGCCACCACCCGGACCGUUAGACCGAUUCCCUCCUGUUCACGAUGCUCGGCCGACACGGUCUCUACUUGACUAUAGUCAGCGCAUCUCCAGCAACCCUGCGGGGACAAACGGACCGAGUCUGCACCGCGAUGAAUCCGGACCCCCGGAGCUCCACAGACGGAGCCCCAGUGUAACAGGCGUCAGGGGGGCGGGGGUACACGUCCACCACCCACCACCUCCUCUACACAUGAAUAAUGGAGGGGUACCCGGUGGGCUGGCUACUUUCUCAUCGCACGGCCGGCCGCCUCCACCACAGCCAUUGCAAGCUGCUCAUCACAUGAACGGUAAGAAAACGGAGCAUGAAGAUGACGACAACUCGAAUCAUUCCAGUAGUGACGAGACCGGAAAUUUACGUCUGUCAUCGGAGGCGGAGCUGGCCAACAAACCUCCCCCCGUCCGUGAGACACUGGCCAUUCUGUCUACCACUGUCCCUUUUGAGGUGAGAUUAAAAAAGGACCAUAAUUUUUGUGGUCGUGUGCUGGGAUUUGAUGCCUGCUCAAAAGCUGGAAUAGAUUGUGAACUGAAGACUUACGUUGAAUAUCCAUUAGGCUCCAGCAACAUUUAUCACAGUACAUCAAGCGUCACGAAGCAGAUGUUUCAAGACUGUAUGAAAGACUUUGGUAAGAACUUGUCUUCAGGACUUAAGUACUUAGAAUAUGAACUGAAGCAUGAUUCUGGAGAUUGGAGGCUACUGGCAGAUUUUCUCUCUGAACCUGUUAGAUUUUUUAAAGAACCGGUAAAGAAAGAAAUGAUGCCAACACCAUACCUUGAUCCCAAUUACCCCAACUGUUUGCCAAGAUCAUCUCACCUGACAUCUAAACACUCUGCUCGCACAUACUUUGAGGGACAAAUGAAAAAACGCAAACUGUCCCCAGAACCAGAUCAUGAUGUGAACAGUAGUGGUAAGGUGACUGUUAGCGAAGAACAGCAUAAACGCCAGCAGUGGCUGCAAUCACAAGCAGAAACACUGAAACUAACCAUUUCCUCAGCAGGCUAUGUUGGUAGUUCUGGUCCCCCAAGCUCUUCAUCUGUCUCGCCCAUGAGUAAUCACACCCCUACCCCUCCAGAUGGUGCCCCCUCUCAAGGUGGUCCCUCUCCAAUGGCAGCUCUAAUGAACGUCACAGACAAUCUUACCUCAAACUCGCCCAGUCGUUCAGGUGAGGGCUCCCUGAUUACAGGUAGACCUGGUGUGCGGCAGACAGGCCACUCUCCAUCUCAUGCUCCAGGGGCUCGCACCCGGCUGCCUCAAGGGGCUCUGUCCUCGGACUGCGGGGGUGGUCAGUCAGACUCUGCUGUUCCUAGCAAUGAAACCCUCAAGUGUACAUUGUGUCAGGAGAGGUUAGAAGACACUCACUUUGUACAAUGCCCUUCUGUUCCUGAACACAAGUUUUGCUUCCCUUGCUCCAGGGAGAGCAUUAAGCGUCAAGGGGCUGGCUCUGAGGUGUACUGCCCAAGUGGUAAGAAAUGUCCACUGGUGGGAUCAAAUGUACCUUGGGCAUUCAUGCAGGGAGAAAUAGCAACAAUUCUAGGAGAAGAUUACAAAGAGAUGAAAAUUAAGAAGGAACGUGAUUCUUAAACUACUAUUUUAUUGUUGCUAACUCUUUGGAUUUGGUGGCACUUCCACAUGACUGACAGUGGUGACAUUUUAUCUUGUCUGUAUUGGCAUGUAUAUAUUUCAUGGUUACAUACUGUACAUGUGUACAUGCAACUGGAAACUGAGUGCCAUGUGUGUUAUUUAUGGCAUGGCCCAGCAUUGUUUUAGCGGUGUUUUAGUGGUGUUGUAAGUAUACUUAAUUAAACUGCCCUAACUGAGAUCGUUGGCCAUGAAAGAUUGGACAGAAUUUACGUAUCUAUUUCAAAUUCAAGAUUUCUUUACUUCCUCAUGGUGUGAUAUGAUACUGGGAUAAAACUGAAAUGGUACCCAGUGAGAGAUAUGUGUACAUACUUUGUGCCACUGCCUCUGAAUUAAGAUGAUAAACCGUACAACUGUUUUGUGCUACACAACUGGGUUACAGGUGAAAAUGUCCCCCCUGGAUGUUAAGCUGUCAUGCACUGUUACUGCUGUACGUGUGUCCCUGUAUUUGACUGGAAUGUUGAUGACAUAACACACCGCUACAGUGAGGAUUUUUAACAGAUCUGUAUUUUAGCCCUGCAACAAGACUAAAGAGAAAAGGACAUUGACUUAAGAAGAUACAAUUUGCUGAUUUUAAAAUUGUUCAUCCAUUGUGAUUGUGUCUAAUGGGGUCAUAUCAGCUUGUGCUACAAAAGAAAUAAAAGUAGGCUGAUGAUAGCACAUUGUAAAAUGAACACAGUGUUGUGUGUGGAAGGGAAAAGGUUAUAGUUCAAAGUUCACAUAGCCACAUUUGUAUUACAGAUACUUCUAGUUUAUUAUGAAAUGCAAUCCUAAUGCCUGACCUGAAUAAAUUAUGUGUGAGCUUGAGCUAUAAACUGCUCUUUCAAUCAGGCCUGUUUGUAAACAGUCCAGCUGCAGCUGAUUGAUAAUGUAUGUGUAGCAGUUUUCUGGCUGAGUUUUAUUGAAGAAAUGUCCGGUGUAGAAGAGAAGAUGGGAUAAACUAAACAUUUUUUUGUGCUGGUACUCUGCAUGGAAAUCAUAAAUUUUUAAAAUUAUUUUAGGAGUCUUAUGUCGAAAGCUGCUUACAGUAUUAGCGAACUAGUUUUCUUGUGUGGACUUUGACACUAUUGUUUACAAACCACCAGUUUUAUUUAUGGCCACAUGUAUUAAGAUAUUUGUUGGAUGUAUGCCAAGAUUCAAGGGACUGUUGAACUAGUGUUUACACUUGCUAACCUUCGGUGAAUGUAGCUUCAGUCAGUCAUGUAACAUUUCACUGCUCCAGUUAAAUGCAUUUCUUAUCGCGAAAUAGUGCUAUAUUUGUUUCUAUGGAGAAACUAGUCUUGUACUGCAAAAUGUUGUAGAUCGAAAUACAUUGUGCUGCCUUUUUGUGUGGUACUACCAGAAAAAUACCAGUGUGUGUGUGUGUUGGCCAGGUGUACAGCCUGCUGACCGUCUUCAUUAUUAUGUCAGAGAC